CCAAACCGCACCAUUCAAACCCUGCCUAAAAAGUAUUCUUUUCUCCUCAAACCCUCCCUCUUUUCAUAACUCCCUUCAUCAACCAUCCAAAGCAACACAGAUACACAGAAACCAUAGACACGCACACACACAACCAUGUGUGCAGCUCCCACACUCCAAAGCCCAAGACCGAUGACCAGCCCAAGGCCUAUGGUCCCAACCACCAGACUCAAAAAACCCAUUCUCCCCUCCCUUAACAAUCUCCAAACCACCCUUCUCUUCCUUCUCAUCUUCACCGUCCCUACUCUCCUCCUCUUUCAUACACCUCCCCUCCCUUCCUCCACCCUUCCCCCCUCACAACCAUGGUCCGGCGAUCUCCGCAAAGCCCACUUCGCAUGGAACCGUCUCACGUUCGACGAUCACAGCCCCCCACACGUGCCCCUCAAGCUAGCUGUUUUCUCCCGUAAAUGGCCCAUCAGCGCCGCACCAGGCGGCAUGGAGCGGCACGCACUCACAUUACAUAGCGCGCUAGCGCGUCGCGGCCACCAAGUGCAUGUAUACACAUCAGCGCCACCGCAGGGCAUUCAAGGGCCCCACGGCGACGGCAAUGGCAAUUCCUCCCCGCACGUGCACUUCCUUGACGGCCCACCGGGCCAGUGGCGUCACAACGAUGCGUGGGCCCAGUUCGAGUCGGAGAAUCAACGUGAGCCGUUCGAUGUGGUGCACUCCGAAAGCGUGGCACUUCCACACUGGCUCGCACGCAAUGUUCCCAACCUGGCUGUCUCCUGGCAUGGAAUUGCACUGGAGAGCGUCCAAUCCAGCAUCUACCAAGACCUGACAAGUAAGCCCAACGAGCCCAUGUCACCUUCCUUCAACAAAAGCUUAGCUCUUGCGCUUCCCAAGGUCUUGAAUGAGAUCAGAUUCUUCAAGAGCUACAAACACCAUGUUGCUAUCAGUGAUAGUAGUGGUGAGAUGCUGAGGGACGUGUAUCAAAUCCCAGAGGGCAGGGUCCAUGUCAUUCUCAACGGUGUGGAUGAAACCGAGUUUGCACCUGAUAUGGGCCUGGGCCUAGAAUUCAGGGCCCAGUAUGGUGUGCCCCAUAAUGCAAGCCUUGUGAUGGGAGUCUCAGGGAGGCUAGUCAAGGACAAGGGCCAUCCCUUGCUACACGAAGCCUUCUCUAAGCUCAUGAUCAAACACCCCAACGUCUACUUGAUUGUUGCCGGAGCUGGGCCAUGGGAGCAACGGUAUAGAGAUCUCGGGCCCCGCGUGGUGGCCUUAGGCACCUUGGCGCCUACUAAGCUACGGUCAUUCUACAAUUCUAUUGAUAUCUUUGUAAAUCCAACACUUAGACCACAAGGGCUUGAUCUGACUCUUAUGGAAGCCAUGCAAUGUGGGAAGCCUAUCUUGGCCACCAGGUUCCCCAGCAUCAAAGGCAGCAUAGCCAUCGAUCAGGAGUUCGGACAUAUGUUCGCGCCGAACGUAGAGUCGUUGUUGGAGGCAUUGGAGGUAGUGGUGGAUGAAGGGCCAGAUAGGUUGGCCAUGAGAGGAAGAGCUUGUAGGAAGUAUGCAAUCUCCAUGUUUACAGCACAUAAGAUGGCAUUGGCAUAUGAGAGAUUGUUCUUGUGUAUAAAAAAUGAAACAUUUUGCAAGUACCCCUUGGCUUGAGAAGAAAAGGUGGGCCAUCUAUGGCAUGAUGGGAUAUGGACACUUUGAUGUUGGUUGGAAUUUUUGUAAUUAUUUGAUGAUUUAUCAAUUGGGUUUUCUUUAUAUGAAUGGUUUACU